AUGGCUGACAAGGGUCUUGAGGAUGUGCCUGAGGGCCAGAUCGAGUCGAACUACGAUGAGACCGUCGACUCCUUCGAUGACAUGAACCUGAAGUCGGAGCUCCUUCGUGGUGUCUACGCCUACGGUUUCGAGCGUCCCUCCGCCAUCCAGCAGCGUGCCAUCAUGCCCGUUAUCAAGGGCCACGAUGUCAUUGCUCAGGCUCAGUCCGGUACUGGCAAGACCGCCACCUUCUCCAUCUCUGUUCUCCAGAAGAUCGACACCAACGUCAAGGCUUGCCAGGCUCUCAUUCUCGCUCCCACCCGUGAGCUCGCUCAGCAGAUCCAGAAGGUCGUCGUCGCCAUCGGCGACUUCAUGAACAUUGAGUGCCACGCCUGCAUCGGUGGCACCAGCGUCCGUGACGACAUGAAGGCCCUGCAAGACGGUCCCCAGGUCGUUGUCGGUACCCCUGGCCGUGUCCACGACAUGAUUCAGCGCCGCUUCCUCAAGACCGACAGCAUGAAGAUGUUCGUCCUUGACGAGGCCGACGAGAUGCUUUCUCGCGGUUUCACCGAGCAGAUCUACGACAUCUUCCAGCUCCUUCCCCAGAGUACCCAGGUCGUCCUUCUCUCCGCCACCAUGCCCCAGGACGUCCUCGAGGUCACCACCAAGUUCAUGCGUGACCCCGUUCGCAUUCUCGUCAAGAAGGACGAGCUUACCCUUGAGGGUAUUAAGCAGUUCUACAUUGCUGUUGAGAAGGAAGAGUGGAAGCUCGACACCCUCUCCGACUUGUACGAGACUGUCACCAUCACCCAGGCUGUCAUCUUCUGCAACACCCGCAGAAAGGUCGACUGGCUCACCGACAAGCUCACUGCCCGUGACUUCACCGUCUCCGCCAUGCACGGUGACAUGGACCAGGCUCAGCGUGACCUGAUUAUGAAGGAGUUCCGUUCCGGAUCUUCCCGUGUCCUGAUCGCCACUGACCUUCUGGCUCGUGGUAUCGAUGUCCAGCAGGUCUCCCUGGUCAUCAACUACGACCUUCCCGCCAACCGCGAGAACUACAUCCACCGCAUCGGCCGUGGUGGUCGUUUCGGACGUAAGGGUGUUGCCAUCAACUUCGUUACCGCCGAGGACGUCCGCAUGAUGAGAGAGAUUGAGCAGUUCUACAGCACCCAGAUCGAGGAGAUGCCCAUGAACGUUGCCGACCUCAUCUAA